AUGAGAGAUAACCGCGACGAUGACGAGGGCUACGGCUCUUCCCGCGAUACCAGCGAGCAAGAGUUCCCAGAAAGACGCCACGACGACGUACUCAACAAGGAUAUGCUGAAGCGUCGAUUGAAACAUUUUCAACUGUCGGACACUGACUCCAACCACGCAACAGUCAUCAUCGGCGAUCGUUUUUCGAGGCUGAUGGCCGGAUACUUCAAAGAAUGCCUGGACGACUCAGGAGAGUUUGAACUUACGGAGUACAUUCUUCUCCAACCCGGCGCAACGAUCGACAUUCAGGUCGCCGUACCGGACCUGAUUCGCGCGGCGUCAUCUGCCAGUCGAGCGAGAAAAACGUUGAGUAGGAUGGAGUGCGACGAGAUUUGUAGAGUCGAACGCAUGAUGCAAGAAAUGGGGAUUGAAAACACACGUCACAUCCAUGCUUUCUAUCCUGAUGAAUCGGGACUAGCGCUUGAGAUUGCGCAGGGUAAAUUACAUGGCUGGAAUGGCUUGGCUAGAGAGGAGACACAGAGCAGCUUUGACAUACUCGCGCACUUUAGUGCCUGGAGCGGCGUGCGCAGCGCGUCACUGCACACUUUCCGAGGGAGGAAGCCAAACACGAAUAACAAGAGGCCUAGGGACGAGCUUGAAGCAGACAACCGCCCAAGGAAACGAGCCUGUCCGCUAUAG